CUUAUUUGUUAUUAUACAAUUAUCAUCGUUAUUAAUCGGUUGCCCUGUCGAUGAAAAAAAUUAUAAUAACAACAACAACAAUAACAAUAAUAAAUUAGAAAAAUCGAUAUCACGCGGGGCCUUGAAUCCCUGCAGUUCGAACGCUCCCCUGUAUACAUCAAUUAAUAUUUCAAGGACUCUUUACAUCGUUACGUUUCUUUUUGUAAUUUUUCAUCCCUUCGGAGUAUCCUAAUUUUUCUAACUGGGUCGAUAGGGUGGGCGGUGCUAGGAACUAAAAGAAAACUCGAUCUACAAUGUAAGCAAAAUUUGAAUCCACAGGUGCUAAAGAAGAGAAAAUAAAGAAAACCAAAAGAAAACAAAAAAACCCCGAAGAGAAAGGAAGGAUAAGAGAAGGGAAAGAUGUACAAAACUGUGCGAAAGGGCGACGCAUCCUUGCAGUACACUAUACUGCCGCAGACCGACCAGUUCAACGCGGCAGGAUUAACCCAACCGACGUUAAAAAACAAGGAUAAGGUCGGGGUGAAAUGUCUGAUGGUUUUACUGGCGGUGGUGGUGAUAGGGUCCUGCGUGGCCCUGCCAUUUCUGAUAGACCCGAACGGCAAUAAUUUGUUGAAAAGUAGUUCGAAGUUUAGGACGUCGCGGUUGGACGACGCGGCGAACAGGAGUACAAGCGGCGAGACGGUAAGGAGCAACGAUUCGACGAGGACGAUUGUCAAAAUCGCCAACGAGGAUCACAGGAAGGUGGCGGAUUCGUCGUCGGCUAGCAGGUCGAAGAGCGACAGAAAUAAAAAGUGGGAGGACCCCGAGGACGAGGCGAAAAUUUCGGAGGGCAGGACGACCGCGUCGUCGUUGGCCUUCGGGGCGGCGAGGACCGAGGAAGACGCCGAGGAUUACCCUUCGAAGGACCUUGCAGGACCGCGGGUGGCGACUUCGGCCACCUCGUCGAGCGGACCGGGGUUCGUUUCGAAGACGACGGGCGAGGACGAUUCGAGGGGAACGCCGUCCCCGGCGACCUUGAGGAAGGUCGAAAAGGCGGAGGAGGAGGUGGUGUCCUCGGUCACCGAAACGCCGAAGACGUUGCCCAGGGUGACCUUGAAACUACGGGAGAACGAAACGGUGCCGCAGAUGUACAUGAAGUCCGGCAUCGCCUCGUACAAGAAGGGCAACAUCACUACCAGCGUACUGGCGCACGGUCUGAGCCUCGAAGGGCUCAUAUUCAAAACGCCCGAAGGGACUAUCAAACCCUGGCCACAGAAAUGGCCCUUCGCCGAUCCCGCAUCUUAUUUUCAAUGGAAGGGUAUCAGACAAGUACCGCGGGUGGUGUACUUCGUGAUACUCGGAUUCGCCGGAUUAGCAACGACCGGGAUAAUCCUGAUGACGUACAUCCAAUGGCGGACGUCGUCGAGACGUCAGAGAGGAAACCCACAAGUUUUAGAGAUAGAGAGUCAAGAGGAGGACGAAUCGACUCUCCUGGGUCCCGAAAUGGCGACGGAGACGGUGGAAAAGGAGUGAAACGUCCCCCCCCCGCCCGGGCCCUUUCCAAAAUUUUCGUUCGUCGCCUUCGUUUGAUUCUCAUUUCUGUUUUCUUUUUCUAUUUUUCCUAUUCCAAUUUUCAUUCUAUCAGUUCUGAAUUUUUUCUUUUUUUACGGGGCUCUUUUUUGCCCCGCGCAAAUUUCGUUCGCAUUUAACGCACAGAGCGCUUCGAAUUUUCGCUUAAUUUUGUAACCCCUUUUGAAAACGAGAAGAAGAUAGGAAAAAAAAAAAAAAAAACAAACGGACGAUACAGAGAGAAAAAAUGAUUCAAUCGGAGGAAGAGUCGCAAGCCCUGAAUAGAAAUAUUUUUAGGUAGACGUAAAAAAAAAAAGAAGAAAAAGAAAAUAAAACCAAAAAACCGCGAGAAAUUCGAGAGCGAGACGAAUUAAAGGUAUAAUCAAUCGAUCGAUUAAACGUAAUGAGAAAACGGUUAUCCAUGCUCAACUGUUUUUUUUUACAUAGUUUAUAUUACGACGUAAUAUAAAUUAUAUGUGAAUAUUUAUAUUACACAUAUACAUGGGACUGAUUUGUCAAGCUUAUAAAUCGAAGUCUAGAUAAUAAAUUGAACGCUGACGAACGAAUGGAAUUAAAAAAAAAAUAAAUAAAUAAAACAAACAAACAAAAUGAAGGAAUAAGUAUAAUUACGUAACGAACAAUGACAGCAACGACAACGUACGAAUAAAAAUUCGGUGAACGCGUCAAAAUUAAUUGACAAAGAGAAUGAAACUUGAAAAAAAAAAAACAAAAAAAAAACCGGCUGCAAACACAAAAAAGAAUAAAAAGAAAGAGAAAGAGGAGCGCUGGAUUUGACGAUACAAUCUUUACGUACCGUGCGAUUCCGGUGAAUAUGGUCGCGACAAACGGAUGCGUCGAAAUAUUCGAAUUCCUCGUUCUACGAGCGAUCACGAACCGCGCUGGAGUCGGUUUUUAGCCAUAGGCGCGGGCGCUUUGUUUGGAUCUACGACCCUUCAAGGUGACGCCCCGCAACAAAGCGUCUACGCCUGUGGCUAAAAGCCGACUCCAGCGCGGUUAGUGAUCGCUCGUAGAACGAGGAAUUCGAAUAUUUCGACGCAUCCGUUUGUCGCGACCAGUUUCACCGGAAUCGCACUGUACACACACACAUUGUUAUAUUCUAGAGAUUACGAAAUUGUAUUCGAAAUUGUUUGUAAAGAAAUAGCGAGGCUAAUAUUUCUUUUUAUUCAUAGUUUUUUUUUUUCCCACGUUUUCGACUAUCCGAUUCCGUUUUUUGUUUUUUUUUCUAAUUUUCUUGUUGAAAAAAAAUACGUGAUGUACGUUUAUUUAAUGUCUCGCAUCACGAUAUCUUCUUUUCAUUUUUUUUUUUAAUACUAGUCGAAGAGAGAAGGAGAAAAGAAGGAUGAUUAGAGUAAAAAGGAAAAAAAAAAAUAGAGAAAAAAAAGCAGAAACAAUAGAAAAGAAAAUAGAAGAAAAAGAUUUACAAAAAUUAACAUAUUCAAUGAAAGAUUUGGUACAAAAAUAAAAUGUUCGAUCAGUUUUUGCCCACCCCUCUCGCAAUAAGUUUGUAGUAAAGGUAGAAGAAGAGCGACAAAGAUGAUAAUAUAAAAUGAAUUCCUAUUGAAGAAAAAACUGCGGAGUGAUGACAAUUGAAUAAAAAGAAAGAGAGAUCGACAAAGAGAAAGAUGAAGAGAAAUAGAAGAUAAAGAAAAUAAUUAAAUACGGUUUAUAGUUUCUAUUAAAAAUAUUAUAUUUUUUUAAAAAAAUAAAUAAUUUGUUAAUUUUUUUACUUUUUCCAGUAUAAUAAUGUAUGAGGUAAAUGUACGCGACGUACAUAUCUAUUCAUACCUCUUAUUAGUACAUAGGUGUAAAAAAACAAAAAAAAGAAAAGAAUAUAGAUGAAAACUAAAUUUGAAAAAAAAAAUAAAUAAAUAAAUAAAAACAACACAAACAAACUUAUUGUAAAUAAAUAUUCAAUGGCGAUAUAUUUGUAAAAAUAUACGGUGCAUUCCACGUCGAAACGGGCCACAAUAUUUUCAAAAUGUAUAUAAUUUUGAACUCGAUGUACGUUUUUUUGCUUUGCCAAAUUUUUAACGGUCUCGUUUCCGAGACCCUUAUUCGGAACGUCGAAAAAUUUUUGUCGAGUUAAAAAAAUCUCUUGAAAAAAGUGGCCCGUUCGACGUGGAAUGUACAGAACGUGAAAUCGUAUAACUGCGUUUUCCAGUAUCUAAUUUUUCUCAUUUCUCCCGAAAUUAAUCGAAUCGAGAACAGAAACGAACGUUUUUCCGUAUUAAAAAAACGAAAGAAAAAAUUUCUACGUUAAAUGUAUUAUUAGAACACACCAGAGAUUUUUCAUCAAGUAUAUAUAUAUAUAUAUAUAUACUUUUCUACACAUACAACAUCCGCGUGUGAUUAUACAUAUAUGCAUAUCAUUGUGUAACAACAUUGAUAAUCUUAUCGCUCAAAAAAAAACGUUUACAAAUAACUGACGGAGAAGAAAAAAAAAAAAACUUGAGAAAACAACAACAAAAAAAAACGUCCGUAUAUUCUGCUGACGUUAUAACGAACACGCGAUCGAAGAGAUCGAACUAUCUUUAAUAAUAUGAAAACCAAAGAAAAAAAAAAAAAAAAACUGUAAACCCGAAAAGAUAAAAAAAAUCCACUAUAAAAAUGAUAAUACUAAUUUCGACGGUACCGGUUGAUGAUUAUAUAAACUACGAACAAAAAAUUGAUUUUGAU